AUGCGUUUAUUCGUUGGUUACAAAUCAUCAAAUCAAAGCUUUAAACAAUUAGAAGUAGAAACUGAAAGAGGUGAUGCCGGUUAUCUUCAAAUGGAUUGCGCCCGUGAAUCUUUCGCAUUUGCAACAUAUAAACCAAAAUCAGAAAGGAAAGUUAAAAAGUUUGUUCAUUCGUUAUAUAAUAAUGUUCAAAAAUAUGAUAACUCAGUAUGUGGUAAAUAUAUUGACCCUUCUGAAGUUUUCAAGAACGCAAAUAAAGAAGUUGAUAUCACUUUUGAUAUGAUUAUUCCGGUAAAUGAUUUGUUAGCAUUUCAGGCGUUCGAUGAUUAUCCUAAAUCAUUUGGUGAUAUCAUUCUUAAAUAUUAUGUUUUCAGGGAUACUUUAGUAUUUUGUCAGGUUGACCCGUUAAGAGUUGCUGAUUUACAAAAUUACGUUUAUGAAAAGAUAACUGAUGAAAAUUAUGAAAAGAUUAUGAAUCAUGUUUAUAAAUAUGAUCGCAAAUUCCAACAAAUCGGACUUCCUGCCAAAUUAAUUACAGCCUUAGCCGCUACAUCUGCUGACGCAACAGUUGAUGACGUUAUUAUUUCAUGCACAAAGAUGGAAGUUUUAGAGGAUAAAUGUAUUACACCAGGAUACGGUUUAAUUGAAGAAUCAGUUAAAGCAAUACCACGUUUAUUUAGUAAGGAAGAUCCAUUCAUGAUUCCAGCUCAACAUAUUGACGUUCGUUCACUAAAUGGAGGUUGCAUCACUCCAGAAGGUAUUAGCUCAGAUUUCUCAUACGCUCUUCAUAAUGUUACAGAUGUUGUGUUAACAUUUCCGAAGAAUGCAAUGCAAAGAACGGUUUUAGAAAAUCCAAUGCUUCGAGGUCUUCAGGUCACUAUAGAUUCCAGAAACUUCCCCGAUCAAGCGAUGACCACAGUGGGCGACAUAUUCUUUACACGUAUGCUUCAAGCUUCUGAUUUAGAUGGAGUGAAUGAAUGCACAGAAGAAUACGAGGACUCAUUAACUAGCUAUUAUGAGAAUUCAUACUAG